GAAAAAAGGGGGAAAAAAAGCAACAUUCAAGGUGACGGCGGCAGAACAACGCCCUCCACCUCAAUCAGCUGGUCGAGGGGCGGAGAAGGAGGAGGGGCUCACUCAGGGCUGCAAGAGGAGGCGGUGGCGGCUAAAUUUAGAGUCACAGCGUCGUCUGCCCAAGCCCAAGUAUGGCAAACUUAAAAAAUGAUUUGGAAGAGGGGUGCCUUGAGGCAGAGUCUUCUACUUCAGUACAAGAUACUCACAGCUUGAAAUCAGGAUCUUCAGAUGACGCUUCCUUGCGAUCAAGGACUUCCCUCAAGCAGCACCUACAGCAAUACCUGCGUUCCACUCCUUGUCAGAUAUUGCUAGUUGGCUUGGUGAUUGUAGACACACUGCUUGUCAUCACAGAGUUAAUGCUGGACCUAGCAAUAAGGGACUCGGAGUCGCCUUUACCAUUCCUCUUCCAUGCUUUGUCCCUGAGCGUAAUGGUUCUCUUUGUUGUGGAAAUUGGACUCAAGUUGUAUGCAUACCAAUUGGAUUUUUUCACUCACAAGGGAGAUGUGUUUGAUGCAGUUGUUGUGAUUGUGUGUUUCUGUUUGGAUGCUGUCUACCUCCACUCUCAUGAUGCACAUGCUGGCGCAGGCUUCAUGAUUGUGCUGCGGCUCUGGAGAGUCGUCCACAUACAGCGUGCCAUGGUAGCACAAAUAAAGAAGGUAGGAGACAAGAAGGUUCAGAGAGAGAGAGAGAUGAGAUUCCAAGUGGAGCAAGAGAUGGAGAAGUAUCGUGAGCACAACUAUACCCAGGAAGCAUAUAUUAAACACCUUCAGGAGCUCCUUAUGGAAAACAACAUCUCAUUCAAAGAUGAAUACCGAAGUCCUCUUAAUGCUGAAAACACUCCUGAUUCUGCCGAGGUGACUCCGCAGUGAGGCAGCAUAUCUUCAGGUGCUUGUCAAGUGUGACCACCAACUUGAGAGUACAAAUUUUUGUUCUGGUGGGGCCUUCUGUGAAGGUUACUCAUCAGAUCACCUGACUAAAAACUCAAAAGUAAGUGAUUUAUUUUAUCAUAUCUGAUGUAGUUUAUAUAAAUAUAAUAUAUAUAUUUUUUGUCUUUAUUGUGAAUUUUCUUAAUAGUCAAAUCUAAUUAUUUUCUUAUAAUAGUAUGCAUGAUGUCUUUUGUUUUCUAAAAUGGGAGAACAGAGUCAGUUUUACAUUUAGCACUGAUGGUGGAUGUAUCCUUUACUCCUCUGUGCUGAAGGAUUUUUAAAUGUGAUGUUCUAAAAGCGUAUACUUACAUUUAUGUACUUAUGUGGUAGCUAUAUAAAUAGCAUCUGUUGGUGCUACAAGGUUAACAUGAACACAAUGUAGUUUAAAAUUUUAUUGUUGCUUUUAAAAUUAAUCGUAACCUGGUAGCUGCGGGGACAGCGCUUCUUAAAGGCUCCUCUAAGCGAAUUAAUGAGAAAAAAAUCAUCACUCACACAAAUCAUUAUAUAAUAGAUAACAACACAUUUGUAAUCAAUUGGUGCAUUCUCUAUUUUGGGUGGUUUAUCAAGCCAAAAAUUUGGCCCGUCGCUGGUACCCGGUAAACCCACAAAUUUGGCCCGUCGCUGCUACCGGGUUAAAUCUUAUAAAAAAACGGCUGUUAAAAAUGCAUUAUCAUUGGUGUGCAUCAGAUGGUGUGUUACCAGUCUGCCUCAGGAAGUCCUUGGUGACUUUUUUAUUAUUAAAGUGAGUCUCAAACCAACACAUAGAGCUACAUUGCUUAGUCCAUUUGUUAGUCAGUCAUUGUCACACAGAGGGCUUGGCCAUAUUUAUGUGGUUGACCUUUUGAUGUCUGUGCCCUAUUGUGGACAGUGCCAUUUUUAGCUACUGGGGCACAAUAAGGUCAUGGUAUCAUCACCAUUCUCUUAAAUUAAGUGUAUAAGUGUUGUGAAUAUUAGUCCAGGAGUUUUCAGAUCUUUGAUUCAUUCACUAAAGGUUGUUUCUGUUCCUUAUUAUUUUUCUAUAUAUUUUACCUUCAUUGUUUAUUAUUAUUCAGUUGUAAGCUGCUGAAUUCAUUUGGUUCUGAGAAGAAAUGCAUUGUUAAGGAUGCAUUGUAUUUUGCACAUCAAUUCAUGAAUGAUGAAGGUCAAAGAUGAAGUGCUCUGCUGAUUCUUAUGUAUUUCAUUAUAUCCAUAGUUUGUACUUCACUGUCCAAAAACUGAGAAGAUUUUGUAAUUUAUAAGGAUCUAGUAAUUUUAGGUACACUAGGUAUUGUACUUAUAGUAUUAUUCAUUCUAAUCUCACUAAGUAUAAUUAGUGACCCUGUUUCCUAUAUAGGUAAGGUAAGGAGUAAAAAUGGGCGUUGUGACAAUCUUGACAAGUGUUCUCGUGAAAAAAUAGUUGGGAAUUUCAUUCCUAACUCCAGCAUUUUGUAAGCUAGGAGCUACAUCUCCUCUAGUCACCUUUUAUGGCAUUCAGUAGAUUACAGAGAUGCAUUCGUAAUCCUCAAGUCUCCCUUAAAUCUAAAAAAAAAUCUCUAGUUGUUUGCAUACAGUGCACAGUGAAAAGUAAUUGUUAUGGUAUCCCUAGUCUGUUGUUUGCCAUUCGAUAUCACAGCAGCAACAAGAAUACUCUAAAUUAUGACUAGGAACAACUUGGUUACUUUAGCUAAUUUAUUCAUUCUUAUUUCAAAAGUCAGGUGCAUUAUGCAUAGUGUGCAGAGCUUGUGAUCUGUCAAAUGCAUUGAAGCAAUAAUAUCUGGUGCUGUGGGAGUUUGUCAGCUUAGAGAUGAGAGGUUUGAAUAAUAUCCCUAGCCAUGUAGAGAAACUUUUGACUGUCUAGGUCCAUGUCUGAACCACCCACCUCAUGUAUGGUUUGUAUUUUAUACUGGGUAUCUACAACAAACCUUAGUUUUAAGGGGUAUGUUUUCAGGCUACAAAUAUUUGAUUAAAAAUGGACACAUAUGAUGGACAUGUAAUUUUAAAGUUUGCAUUUAAUCCUGGGUAUAGAAGACAACCCCUAAUUUUAAGGUAUAUUUAGGCUACAAAUAUUUUCUUAUAAGCUGACACGUAUAGUAAAUAAGUACUAUAUGGAUGAAUUUGUUUAAAUAAUUGUAUACACAUUAAUUUUACUGUAAGUCAACUCCCUUACAUUAAUUCUAGCAUAAAGAUUUACUAUAGAAGCAUUUUAGAUGCAUUGCCGGAAGUCAGCUACAUAUGGGCUGUAUACAACCCAUAGGCCACACGUGCAGCUUGCAGGAAGGAACUGUUAUUGUGCUCUGAUGUGUCAUUUGUAUAAACACACACACAUCCUCAAGGAAAAAAGGUGAUUAUCACGGUCAUUUACAACAUUACAUGGAAGUUUUAUUUGGUAAAACAGGAAGAAAAUAUAGAUUAAAUGAGCAGUGGAGAAGCUGUACUAAACAACCGUGGUCAUUUUUUAUAUUUUGUUAGUUUUAAGAAAAGUGAGAAAUGGACAGGUAGGAUAUGAGAAUUCAUGAUCAAAACUGAAGUAGAAAACUUAGCAAAAUGAGCCUCUAAAACUGCCCGUCGAAUCCCCACCUUAUUUUUUAUCACUUUGUAUGAAUCUCAUAUUUAUAAUCAAUGGGAUCUUCUCAUGUUGAUGAAUGAUGUUUUGUAGGUCUUUGUCCUAAGUAAGGACCUGACCGCUAAAAUAUUUCUCUUUCAAGAAAAGGAUUCUGCCUUCAGUGGUAUUUACUUACCAAGGGCAUUCUCUAUAGCAUCAUAAUGGAGCUCUGUGUAAAUCAUCUUUUUCUACAUCUGUAACCUUUUCAUCCUCCAGUUAUAACCAUUUCUUGCACUGUUUUUAGUGUAUGUUCUGAAUGCCCAAUUUUUUCCUCCUCCACAUUGUUAUCAUGAUGCCAUUUCAUCAGAACACAGGAUAGGAUGCAACAGGUUGCAGUGAAGUGAUGAAGAUGGUUAUGGGGGCUUCACAGGGUGGUAGUGAACCAAUGAGGAUGGUCAUAGUGUGGGAUUUGGUGUGGCAGUGAGGGUAGUACUGAAGUGCCAUGAUUUCAGUUUGACAAGACAUCCAUUAUUCUGAAACUAUGGAAUGUAACUUAUUCAUCAGCAUUGAAUGUAAUGUGUACUGUGUAGAGCUGAGGCCUGUGUUUGCUAUCAAGCCUUUUUUAAGUGCUAUUGGUUAUUUCCAACCUGUUCUUGUGCUAAUGUUUCAAGUGUCACCUUUUGAAGGAUACCCUAUCCUCCUGAUGCUCUGUUCAUUCUAAAAUGAUAAAUUAGGGCCAUUUGGUUGACAUGUUGCUGACUCUAAACUACCUAAUGACAAUCACAAAGGAUCAGCCACUGGGGGCCAGAUUCAUGAAACCAUGUAACUGACCUCUCAUUGGCAAGUUUUCCAGUACCUCCGCCCACUCCAUAAAUCUGUAUUCAGCAAGCAUUUAUUGAGCCUCCUUUAAGGCCAAAAUUUACCACUGCCCUGAAAACCCAUAAGUGAGUUACUACUGGAGGUCUGGUAAGCUGGAUAAACACUGCCACCUCAGGAUUAUUCUGCCAUCUAACUGCUUGUAUCGGUCAUUUCUGAACAUGAUAAUGCAGUUGUGAUUAUCUUCGUUGUUGUAUAAGUAUCAAAAUGUAUAAUAAUGCUAGAAAGAAGUGGAGAGAGACAUGAAAAUAUGAAAUAAGUGGCGUAGCGUAUGAGUAGCCACAGCGGCGAUGAGUUGUCCUCAUUUUUAAUUUUCUACUUAUACUUGUUCCAUAACUUUAGAUGGAAAUAACCAACUGAUAAUUUUAGUAGUGAAUGGAAUUGAUACACAUUAGUUACUGCUGUGGAAAGAACGAUGAGUAGGGUAUUUCAAAUUUAAUGGCACUGCAGCAGGGCAAUUAUAGCUGACAGCUGUCAGCAUGAGUCAUAGGUGAUGUUUUUAACUGGAGUGACCAUGAUUUUGAUCUGUAAUGUUGUAGACCCAGUUAUAUACCAUCUCACUGACCCCUGGGAGGGGUAAGGAGCUUGUUCCUGGUGAAAUUUGGCUGCUUUUGCUUCUAUAAUGCUAGCCCUGUGAUUAUCAUCACUACAGGUGUUGCCAGCCUUUGAGUAAUUCCAUAUGGAAUAUAAGAAUGUAAAGAAACAAGCAGAAAAUCUCAAAUGAUAGAUAUUUAUAGUUUAAUGCAGAUAUGUGAACUAUAGUAUCAAAAUGCAUCUUAUUGAGGGACUGCACUGCUUAUUAUUACUUAUAGAACAGUGUUUACCACUGUACAAAACACAUGUUUUGAUUUUGAAGUCUGUAUUUCUUCACUAAAGUUACAUGAAAGCUUAAGAUACAGUAUAAAAACUUGCACAUGAUUCGCUACUGAGUGCAACAUCUGGGUGCAAGGGUAAUUCUUACUGACUCGUUACCAGAAUGUUGAUGAAUGCAGAGUCUGAAAGAUACCGGAGGUACCAAAGGGUUGGUUGGUAAAGUUUGUGAAUCUGGGCCUUGAUUGGGGUCUGACAUUCACCAUAUUUAUACACAUUGCUGCUUACUUCUUUUACUUGUUCUCUAAUUUGAUGCAGGAAUGUGUAUUGUCAACCAUUUUUUUUAGGGAAGACUCGUAUUUUGUAUGGUUGGUUGCAGAGGGUGUAUCAUGAUGUGCUAGACAUCAUGAUUCAUUUGAGUCUUACCAUUUUCUGUCCACUCCUCCUCCUCCUCCAAAAAUUGAUCGCUCCCUCCCUGUAACAGGGAGCAUGGGCCUUUGCCAAAGGCGACCUGUAGGAGGGUGCUGACAGACUGACUAUUGGUGAUCGAAAUCUAGCCGACCGAGUUGGUCUGUCGACUAGGACUGGCGUGUCUCUGUUCUGUCCAUUUAACACAAUCCAGUACAUGUAUUCACUGAAUCUCCUUUUUAACAUUGCUCAUGUACUUAUAUAUGGUUUAUUUUUUAUAGUUGCUUUAACAGCAUUAUUUUUUAACAUGUAUAAGUAUUGGGAUCUGUAUUUCCAUGUUCCCAUUCUUUGUUAUGUGUGUUGUAAAUAGAAUGUAGAUUAUGAGACUCAGUCACCUAAAUUUAGCUUGUGCCAUUCUUGGUUGGUUGUAUGUCUUAGCAUGUGCCAUUCAUGAUUAGUGUAGUUAAGUGCAGGAAAGUCAACAUCAAUUCCACAGAGAAUGUGGAGUUUCAAACCAGGAAACUUUAAUGUACAAACACACUGCAUUUAUGUAGAAGUAACAUUGUUCCUUUAGGGACAGGUGCUUUAAAAAUAUGAAAAUAUCAAGGCUUGCUACUUACUUAUCCAGAAUAUCAGGCAUAUUUUGAUUUUUUAACUUUUAACACUGGUGCUGCAAGAAGUAUAAAAAUAUAUAAAUGCUUAGGGAUAUUUUAACACUACAUAUGUAGUGAUCCCAUUGAGAGCUGUAAAAAAUGUACUAAUACAAGCAGAAGUACAAUAACGUUAUGGUACUGUACUUAUAACAUUUAUUUUUGAAUGUCAAACAAGGAUUGUAUGCUAUUGGGUUGUUUAUUUACAUUUGAGCUAACUUUAUUGUAGCUGCUAGAGGUGUUUAGCUACAUUUCAAUCAUACCUCACUAAUCACUAAUCUAGGUGCUGUAAUAUUGUAUGAACAUACUGAAGUAAUAGGAUUAAGAAUGAUAAAAAAUGAAAGGAAAUCUUAUAGCAGUUGCUAUGGGAGAAAGAAAAAUCACAAGUUUUUACAGACUUAUUUUCAUAGGAAAUUGAAAAGAAUGAGUCAGCUCCAUCAGAAGAGAACAGCAUUUGAACUUGGGUCUGAAACUGUAUUGCCCAUUAGUGUAUUAGGACCUCAGUGUAAUGCUGUGGUGAAGCACUUGCCAUCCAGCCAUUAGAUGCUGAAAACUCCACACCAAAUAAAUGUCCAAAUCAGUCAUAAGUUUUUAUUUAUUUUGGCUUUUUACAUGAAAUAUAAUUAUUGCUUGUAUAGGAGUUAUGUUUAUUAUAUCUGUAUGCUGUACCAGUACAUAUUAAGUAUAAUUUCUUAUUUGAAACCAUAAAUCCUGUUUCCUAUCCCAUUCAUUAUAAAUUAAACUGCAUUAAUGUCCCAGCACCAGACAGUACAGUGCUCUGUCACAAGUUGAAAGUAUGGAAGGUUUCAAGAGUUGUAAGUGGUGCAGAGCUGGUUCUGAUGAUCGAUUUAUGGGCUUUUCAGGUGUGACUGGGAUAGAAAGGACAGUCGUAAAAACUUGCCAGAGGUUUGAUAUGGGAUGGGAGUAUUGUAGAGGUAGAGUGUAGAUUUAGAGAUAAUAUGUUUACAGAAAGUCAUUGGGUAGAUUUUGGUGGUGAAGUGGAAGCCAUAUUUAGUUGUCCACCUAGAGAUAAAGUGGAAAUAACAAUUGAUUGUUGUCAAAAAUAGUGGUGCUGAGGACGAUGCCGUGGGGAAAGCCUUACAUUUACUUGGAAAUCUGUUAGAUAUAAAAUCUAUGAAUGAAAA